GCACUGCGCAUGCUCCCUGCAUCCUUUUCUCCAUCCACACGUCGACUUCAAAGCUUGAAUGAAGAUGCUCAUCGUCUCGGGUCGCUGGAGCCUUUUCACCGGGUGAAACUGAGUUAUAUUAGCCUACCAAUUACUAAAUAAAUUUGGAGGGACGCACACAGAGGAGCCGUGCAGAAUUAAAGACUCGUUGUAUCCUGGUUUCGGCGCGGAUACUCCACCGACAUGGAACUGAAGAAAUCUAUUUCGGACACCGAGCGUGCGCUCAGGAGCUACGGCGCCGUGUCGGAAACGGCAUGGACAACGGACAAAGGUCAUUCAGAUGUGUCCAUGGCAGAGAGCACCAUGGCUCCAGAGGAGAUCGAGGUGGAGAUGGCUCGUAUUCAGCGCCUGCGAGAGGUCCUGGUACGCCGGGAGUCGGAGCUGCGUUUCAUGAUGGAUGACAUUCAGCUCUGCAAAGACAUCAUGAGUUUAAAGCAGGAGCUGAGACAGAUUGUCACAGUACCAGGUACAAACACACACACACACACACACACACACACACACAUUCCUGUAUGGGCAUCAAAGUGAGGACCGGAUAUAACUACUAUGGAAGUGAGGACCACCCUUUCUGCUACACUUACAGACAAAAUAAUGCUACAUUUAAACACUAGAUGUCUCCCUGACUCAGUUUUCCACCUCAGAUUAUUUUUAAAACUAAGUAUAAGAACCGUCAUUCUACCAUUGAAGUGAGGACCGAUUCUAGGGGGCGCUAUUGGGUUCAGUUCUGGCUAGACUAUUUUAACUACCUUCUUUCUUUUGCUUUAAGUUAUUCUUUGCUACCAUUUUAUGUUUUAGAACAGACAAAUAAUGUA